CUCAGUUACACUCCGCCUCCCAGUGUAUCUGUAGAAUAAGGCUUCUCUUCCUGUCUGCUUCGACACGUCUCUGUGAUUCUCAGCGUCUCCCGGUGCCUCAGCUUGCCUCUCUCCAUCUCUGAUCUGUGUAUCUUCACCUCUCCUGUCAUGAGUGCCAAGCUAUGGACGGAGGAGCAGUUUAACUGCCCCGUGUGUUUGGACCUGCCCCACGACCCGGUCACCAUCCCCUGCGGCCACAGCUACUGCAUGGACUGCAUCAAGGACUACUGGGGGAAGGACGACCAUGUGGGGAUAUACAGCUGCCCGCAGUGCCGGCAGACCUUCUGCCCCAAGCCCCCGCUCUCCAGGAACACCAUGCUGGCGGAGGCCGUGGAACAGCUGCGGCGUGCAGCCCUGACCCCCAGGGACUCCGUGUCCGGCAGCAUCCGCAGGCCCGGCGGCGCCCCGGCGGCUCCCACACCCUCCUCCUCCUCCUCCUCCUCUACCUCCUCAUCAGCGGUAGUCCCCUGCGACGUGUGCCAGGGGGAGCCCCUGCCGGCGGUGAAGACCUGCCUGGUGUGCCUGGCGUCGUACUGCGAGCCGCACCUGAAGCCCCACCGGCAGGCGGCGGCGCUGAAGCGGCACGAGCUGAUCAGCCCCACGGGGCAGCUGACGCAGAAGAUCUGCCCCCAGCACAAGUACCUGCAGGAGUUCUACUGCCGCGGCUGCCAGGCCUUCGUCUGCUGGCUCUGCACCAGCAACGAGCACAAGGGCCACGAGACCACCUCCACGAAGGCCGAGAGGACCGAGCGGCAGAAGGAAAUGGGUGAGGUGCAGGCUGAGAAUCAGCUGAAGCUCCAGGAAAGAGAGAAGGAGCUGAAGGAAAUGAAGGUUGUUGUGGAGUCUCUCAAGCGCUCAGCAGACAGGGUGCACGGAGAAUCGGAGCAGAUCCUGACGGAGCUGCAGCGCUCGCUGGAGCGUCUGCAGGAGCUGGUGGAGGAGGUGAUGGACUCCAGAGGCCAGGACAAACUAAGGGAGGCCCAGGAGGUGGUGGAGAAGCUGGAGGCCGAGAUCAGCGAGCUGAAAAGGAGGGACUCCGAGAUGAGGCAGCUAGUCUCUUGCGAGGACAACAUCCAUUUCCUGCAGAACUUCAAGUCUCUCUGCAGCCCCUUUGAGGGGGGUGAGCUGCCCAGCGUCACCGCCAGUCCCGACGCGUCCUUUGAGCCCGUGUGCACAGUCCUGCUGGAACUGCGCAAUAAAAUAGAGGACCUUUGCAACCAAGAUCUAAGCCGCAUCACCAAGACAGUGGAAAACAUGCAGAAUUUCACCCUUGGGGAUAAAGGCAAGACAGUUGGCUCAAAGUUUUCAUUUUUAAAAAUGUUUUCAGGACGGGGCUCCAAGAACGCAGAUAAACGUGACCAAGCACCUGUAAGCGCUUCUGUGGGGAUUCGAAGUGCCGACAGACUAGGACCCGCGUCCAGUCUGCGAGCUCCGAACGUCAGGAGCAGGGAUACACCACGAGAAAGAGCGUCGCCACGCCCACAUCGAGCUCGAGAAGUGGAAAGGAGAGAGAGAGAACAAGUGAGAGAUGUGACACCCACUCCACAGAGAAGGAUGGAGUCUCAGAGGAGAGCUGAGCCCUCAGCUGGCCACCCUGUGGUUGACCCAGGGGCAGGAAGUGUUGCUGGGCAACAUGGAGGGAAUCUUUAUCUCCAGACUCCUCAGCCCACAGAGGUCGCCAGCGGAGCAGGACACAACGCAUGGGGUGCAAAUGGAGUUAGUGCUGCAGCAACGGCUGCAAUGCUACAACAAGGCAUACCUAAUCCCAGUCUAUUCCUGGACUCGCCGUCGGAUUCCAUGCCGACCCCAGCCUUCCCCGGGUUGACGGAAAUCCCCAUCCAAAGCCUGCAGGCUCCAGCACCCAGGACCAGAGCAGAGUUUUUACAAUAUGCCUGCAGGCUGACCCUUGACCCCGCCACCGCCCACCGCCGCCUCUGCCUAACAGAAGGCAACACCAAGGCCACGCUGCAGGCGGCGAGCCAACCGUACCCGGACCUGCCCACGCGCUUCGACAGCUGGACGCAGGUGAUGUGCCGGGACGCCCUGUCGGCCGACCGCUGCUACUGGGAGGUGGAGUGGCGGGGGCGGGGCUCCGCCGUGGGCGUGGCCUACGCCGCCAUGGUGAGGAAGGGGGCGGACGGCCGCGCGGGCCUGGGCUACAACGCGCUGUCCUGGAGCCUGGAGCUGUCGGACACCUGCUGCGCCGCCAUGCACCACAACGAGAAGCACGACAUCGCCGUGGGAUACUCGCCCCGCGUGGGCGUGUUCGUGGACCGCCGGGCCGGGACGCUGGCCUUCUACAGCGUGUCGGACAACAUGGCGCCCCUGUACACCUUCGAGACCGCCUUCGUGGAGCCCCUCUUCCCCGCGUUCGGGGUGGGCAGCGGAGUGGGCGUCGGCCUGGACUUCGCCCUGGGGCACUUCAGCUCGCUGUCCGACAGCAUCAAGAUCUGUGCCCUCUGAGACACCUGACUGCGUGAGCGCUGUCAGACGAGGGCAGUCAGCAGACACUGCUCACUGAGUCAGGAUGGACGCUCGGGCCUUAUGGUCACCCUUUAAUCAGGUGAACAGUCAUGCUGAAUAUCACAUUUCCCAUUCAGUUUUGAAUAUGUACUACCAUUAGUAUCAAAAACAAAGUGUAAUAAAUUCCAUUUGUCUUCAUUCCCUUUAUUAUUAUUACUAUUUUAAUUAUUAUUAUUAUUAUUAUUACUGUUAUUGUAGUUGUUAUCAUCAUCAUUCUUUUAGUCUCGCUGGCUGUGUAAAAUAUUGCUGUGUGAAUAAUGCAUCAGUGCAAAAAUAGAUGAACGAGCGCUCUGUACAUAAACCUGCAAUGUAAGCGUUAAAAAACGAAGGCUGAAAUAAAAACAUUUUGGCUUUG